UUACGCUGUUACGAGGACACACUAAGAUCCCGAAUGAAAAGAAUCGCUGAGGCGCGCAUGGCACGGAACAAUACCACGGCGAUGAAUAGCCCGAUAUCAUCGACGCCGGGCACCAGUGUCAGUUCAUCCUGUGUGUGGGGCAGGUUGUCCACGACCAGCGACUCCCUCCUAAAGACCAGGGCCAAACACCUCGAGACGCAAAUGUUUUACGGGCCAGGCUUUGAUCCACCCGUCAACAACGCCUUGGUGCCCAGCAUCUACAACAAGCUUGACGCACAGUGUCAGAAGCGAACCCAUGUCAUCAACAAUGUGCUGGACAAGCGGAGAGUCGUUCAAGAGCGCGUCAUCAGCCGCAACAGGGAUUUGCAGGAACGAAUUCACGCCAAACAAACUGCCAUUCUCAAAGAUGACUUGCGCAGAAUUGGUAAGAGAAUGCCGAGUUUUGCGAAACUUUACAAAAACACGGACAUGGAUCUUCUUGAACAACAGGUGAAAGAUUUCCCAGUUCCUUACUCCAAAUUAAGCGUUAGUCUUCCGGAAGAGCGUUGCUACUGUUUUCGGUAUUUUGAGCAUCACAAUCCGGUGAGGAUUGCCAGACGCGUCGCUGAAGGUAUCAAGAGGGAUGUGAAGAAACUUGAACAAGCCAUGGAAAGCACGGCUUCUGCUGUCGAACUAACGGCACCGGGAGAAACGCAAACUGUUCCGGAAAUCAGCCAGUCAACUGAAACCUCCGAUCCCGUGAAGGCAAUGGCCAUGGGAACGUCAUCUUCACUUCCGCUGGAACCUAUCGCUGAGCUCUCCCCUCCCACUUCACCAUCUUCAGGCAAAGCUGCCAAGUCUACGGCGUCAGAACAUUCCGAAGGAUCGUAA